GCAACGACGUUCAACGAAAUGUCCGUGACAUCGAUACUUUGGAUGGCUCAGACAUCCGUGAUGCGGAGGACAUUGUGAAGCUUCUAAAGCCACUCAAAACGGCCACCACUGUGCUGUGUGACGAAAAAAACCCACUGUGUCUCUCAUUGUGCCCUUAAAGCAUAUGAUCGAGCAUAACAUGGCAUCCAACGAAGAAGAUUCCCCCACUGUGAGCAACAUAAAGAGAGCUAUACUGAACAACCUUUACAACAGAUACACUUCAGAGUACAACAACCUGCUGGAGUGCACCGCAUUAGACCCCAGAUUCCGGGCUCUGCCUCAUCUAGAGAAAGACCAACGCAAUGAUGUAUUGCACAGACUGAAGGAGAAAGCUGUACUGAUGUUGCAGAACCAGGAUGAGGGCAAAGAAGGUGCCAGUGGUCACCCCCUUGCAGCAGAGCAGCCUCUUGACCAGACAGACAGAGCAGGAGCAGAGCUGAAACAACCUCCUUCCAAGAAAACAGCAUUGGAAGAUCUCCUUGGAGGGACUUUUGAUGAACCAGUUGCACAGCACAUCAGUCCGAUUGAUGCAGAAAUGAUUAAGUACAGAGCUGAAACCUCCAUUUCUCUCAAUAGCUGUCCACUCAAGUGGUGGAAAGAGAAUGCUAGGCUAUACCCACUGCUAUCCAGUAUAGCAAAAGCAUAUCUCUCGACACCAGCCACCUCUGUCCCUAGUGAAAGGGUUUUUUCAUCAGCAGGGGACAUUGUGAAUGUGCAGAGAUCUCAGCUUCUGCCAGAAAAUGUGGAUAUGCUGAUAUUUCUUAAAAAAAACAUGUAAAAAAAAAAAAAAAGAGAUUCUAAGCUAGGAAAGAGCACCGGCAAAGCCUUAGUUUGUUUAUAUGAAAAGAUUUAUUUUAUUUGUAUUAUUUAUUUUA